CACCCGAGCUCGACACGACGGGCUGCAGCGUUACAAACAACAGCCAAUUCGUCUCUUGAGUCCCGAGCUUCGUCAAUUGAAGGACUCAGUAUCCCUCCGUCCGAUGCAACUAUCAUAACGACGCACUUGCAACCUCUCAACAUGCGGCACCUCACCCCCCAGAGGGGCACCGCCGCCUCGCUCCGCACCCUCACAUCAACCCUGACAAGACUCUCCGUCUCGUCACAACAUCACCAACAAACCCCUCAAGCACCACCACCAUCCCUCACCAGCCGUCCCUUCUCAACAACACCCGCCCCACAAACAAAGACCAUCAACCUCCGGCGCAUCCCCAAGGACCCCGUGCCCCCCUACCCCUACGGCGACCGUCUCCUCUACAAGCAAUCCAACAACGGCCUCUACGGCACCGCCACCAUCCGGCACGGCAACAACAUCUCCUCGGACAACAAAGUCAAGAGCCCGCGCACCUGGCGCCCCAACAUCCACCGCAAGCGCCUCUGGUCCGCCGCCCUGGGCGCCUGGGUCCGCGCCAAGCUCUCCAUGCGCGUCCUCCGCACCAUCCGCCGUGAGGGGGGCGGCAUCGACGCCUACGUCCUCAAGUCCAAGCCCGCGCGCCUCCGCGAGCUCGGCCCCGGCGGCUGGCGCCUCCGUUGGCUCGUCAUGCAGACCGCCGCCGUCCGCGCCCGCUUCGACCACGACCGCGCCCGCCUCGGCCUCCCGCCCCUGCCCGGCUCGCCCGCCGACAACGAGGACCUCGUCAAGGUCAUGCUGGAUUACGCUACCCCGGGCCCGCUGAGCGCCGCGAGCAGGGAGAUCCUCGCCCGCAGGGCUGCGCAGGUCCAGGCUAUGGAGGCCGCUGCGAGGGAGGCGGCCGAGGUGGAGUUUGCGUUGGGCGAGGAGGCUGAGGUUCCUGAUGAGAUGCUCGCUGAGGAUCUUGUGGAUGAGGUUGUUCUGAAGGAUGUGGAGGAGCAGUCGAAGGAUAAGAAGCCGUAGAUCACGGCUCUCUAGGCUGUAUGUGUAUCAUAUGUAUAAGAGUUCGAAUUGUCAAACUGUAUCACCUUGACGAGAUAUAGUGUACAUGUACACUCACGGACCGUGCGUCCUCCAAUAUUUGGGGGG